AUGUCCGGGUCGGACAAGGGAACUGAUGGCACAACUGGCUCAAAGAACACGCAAUUCGCAUUCGUCACGAGCCAAAACCAAGACGGCGUCCGUAGCCAUGCUAUGCGAGAAUAUUGGAAACAACGGCAACGAAGACUAAGCAAGAAAAAGUCAGACCAUGGCGCAGCAUCAUCAUACUUGCCCAUUCGACCGCGGCUUGCGCGCACCACACCCUCACCUGGCCAUGGGGACUCAGUCGAUCCGGAUGUAUCCUCAUCGCAGUCACCCUCAACCUCUACCAAUAUUUCCAGAUCACAGCUUCCAAAACACAAGCGUAAAUCUCCCAAGAACAAGCAUCACUUGAUCGCAUUCAACAGUGUUAGGUCUCAAGCCUUAUCCGGGAUGAAUCGUGCGCUGGGCUCCGGCCAGUUGGAUCCAUUCGACAGGUUCCCUAUCAAACUGACGGCACAGCACCAUAGGCUAUUGCAUCACUGGCUAAGCACUUAUGCUACCAUGAUGUUUGACGACCUUGCUAGAAACUUCAAUCCCAUGAGAGACGUAUGGGUACCAUUGGACCUUUCGAAUGCGGCCUCCUUCAAUGCCAUCAUGGCUCACUCUGCUGCCCAUCUCGCCCGAAUGCGGGGGUACCGAUCGUCUACCGAGGCGCUGAAGUUUAAAGCUGAAGCCAUGCGAAUUGUCUCGAUUUGGAUGAAGGAUGAACGCCUUGCCUUAAGCGAUGAUAUCUUCGCAGCUGUGUUGCGAUUGUUAACAUAUGAGCGAUACUGGGGAACCGAAGCAGAAUGGAGGAUUCAUCGAGACGGACUGCAACGGAUGAUUGACGCCAGAGGGGGUAUCACGGCCUUGCAGAGUAACUGGCGUCUGGGAUUAGUCGCUUCACUGAUAAGUCUGAUGGCCAAACCGUCGUGGUUUGACAGCUCCAACCAAAUACAAGACAUACUAAAUCCGUCAGUCUCCGUCUUGGAUCGUAUCCCAAGCGACGAGACAAGCCUCCAUCGAAUUCGAUGCUUGUGGCUCUUGUCCUUUGUCCAGGAUAUCGGCAAUUUUAUGAGCAGCUCAUCAAAUAAUCUGAACUACUUCACCAAUAACAGCUCAACCCGACAGGCUGUAUCAUUGAUCGAAACCGAUAUGCAGCUGCACGAGUCAGCGGAGUUGAGUCGCCCGGAAGAAUGUCAGGAAAGGGAGUAUAAGCGACUAGCCUGCCUCUUCUUUAUAUCUGUGUUUCUGCAAGCGUCUAUGCAAGACUACGCAGGUAGCUUAGACGCUAGUGCCGAGUCAAACACGGCUGAGACGGUGGAUUCCGGCGAUAUUACAUCGUUGGAGAAACUUCUUUACGAGAAUAGAGACGUUUGGCGCAACACUAUCGAAGGCCUUUUUGGCUUGUUGUUUCAUAGUUUCGCCGUGGAGUCGAGCCGGGCGUCCAAAAUCGACUACGCCUUGAACAUGGCGAACGUACUGGGCUCGAUGAGCAGCGAAGCUCGACAUGGUGUGGAGAGAACUUUGCUGCGUCUACUCAGUCGGUCGUCGUCGGAUUCGAGGGAGACGUACGAAGGCGAAUGGACGCCGGAUACGUUGCUGUCAACAAUACAUGGCGUUUGA